AAAGAUCAGCUCUUUGCAUUGAAUACCCUUCCUUUGACUUCUUGCCAAUUGCAGCCUACAAUUAUAGAUACUUGGGGACCAAACAAAAUGUCUAUUUCAUCCCAAGGGUAGUAGUCCUAUAUAUGAUAAUCAAGAACAAGGGAGGAGAAGCAGAAAGCAAUACGAACAACGUCUGAGAUAUGGACACCCUUGUACAUGUUUUGGUUAUACCAGUUCCAGCACAAGGUCAUGUAAUUCCAAUGAUGGAGCUUGCCAAGAAACUUGCUCGCCAUGGUUUCAAAGUCACAUUUGUAAACACUGACUUCAUUCAUACUGUAGUCAUGAAUGCAUCGACAAAAAAUGAAGAGGAAGAUGAUGAUGAUGGGAUACGCCAGGUCUCAAUUCCGGAUGGACUUGAACUUGGCGACACCAGGACUAAUUUUGGACGAUUAAGUGAAGCGAUGCAGAGAGUGAUGCCUCAAAAGCUGGAGGAGCUUAUUGAAAAGAUGAAUGCUGAUGGUAUGAAGAUCAAAUGUGUUUUUGCUGAUAAUUGUAUGACUUGGGCUUUAGGAGUCGCGAAGAAGAUGGGAAUCAAGGGGGUCGCCUUCUGUCCUGCACCAGCUACAUCCCUGGCCUUAUUUUCUACUAUUCCAAAGCUGAUAAGUGAUGGAAUCAUAAACAGCAAUGAUGGAAGCAUAUUGAGACAACAAGAAGUUCAUUUGUCACCAAAAAUGCCAGCCAUAAGUACUGAAACAUUUCCAUGGGUUUGCUUUACUGAUAUGGACUUGAGAAGAAGUGCUUUUCAGCAUUUUGUCACCAGUACUGAAGACUUGAGAUAUGCAGACAAAAUAAUAUCCAAUUCAUCAGUAGAGCUCGAGCCUGAGACAUUUUCUUCGUUUCCAAACAUGUUGCCAGUUGGUCCACUUUUGGCAACCAACACGCGAGGAAAUCAAGGAGGCAAUUUUUGGCCAGAAGACUUGGCCUGCUUGUCAUGGCUUGAUCAGCAACCAGUCAGCUCGGUCAUUUAUGCUGCAUUUGGAAGCUCCUCAAGUCAUGAUCAGAAACAAGUUCUAGAAAUUGCUUUAGGACUUGAACUAACAGGCAAGCCAUUUCUUUGGGUUGUGCGUCCAGAUACUGAUAAGGAAGCAACUGAAGGAUUAGCUUCUUUUGAAGAGCGAACAGUGUCUCGUGGCCGGAUGGUGAGUUGGGCACCCCAGGAGAAAGUUCUACGACACCCAUCCGUGGCUUGUUUUGUGACUCAUUGUGGUUGGAAUUCUACCCUGCAAGGUGUGAGCAAUGGAGUGCCUUUAAUCUGCUUCCCUUACUCUGCUGAUCAGUUUCUCAACAAGCGCUUCAUUUGUGAUUCUUGGAAGGUUGGAUUGGGGCUCGAAAAAGAUGAAAGCACAGGUCUAGUCAGGAAACAUGAAAUACUGACAAAGGUGAAUCAAUUACUCGGUGACAAGAUUUACAAGUCAAGAGCUAUGGAUAUGAAAGAGAAGCUCCUGCAUAGUGUCCGUGAAGGUAGCUCUUACAGGAACUGGAGCAAUAUCGUUGAAUGGAUUAAUGAAGAGCAAGUGAUUGCCUGAAAAUUAAGCUAUGAAAUGUGAAGAUGACACUGGCAAAAUAAGCUUGAAACAAUUUACAAGUCAACUUUUUAUAUACACUGCAGUGAGUUCCAACAGUGCUGAAUGCACAACAUUAUGCAUUUGCUUUUUUAUUUAUCGUAUCAGAAAUACAUGUUUUCUUAAUUUCAUCUUAUGUAUUUGUUUUUUGUUUA